AUGACCAAUAGAAACAUACAUACGUUGAAUGGCUCGGCACGAUCCAACAGGUCUUCUUCUUCAAAUGAUGCAACAAUUUCUGACAUUUGGUUCAGUGUACCACCCGUUACAAGGACGUUAGUGUUGAUGUUAGGAACUGUGACAAGUCUUGCGGCAUUGCAAUUGGUUCAAAUGGGAUAUCUGGUAUUUCAAUGGAAUGAAACGUUCCGUCAUUUUCAGUUUUGGAGAAUAAUAACUGCUUGCAUGGUCUUACCUCUACAAGCAAUGCCCGCGCUAUUUGAAAUAUACAAUAUUACCACUAGAUCCCUUGAGUUAGAACGUCAGCAUUUCAUGAUUUCUAGUGUCCACGACCCCUCAAUCGACUAUGCCUUUUAUCUACUAUUUUCUAUUCUUUCUUUUACUAAUAUGGCCACUUUUUUUGAAGGUAGAAAUAUGCCCAUGAUAUUAACAUCAGCACUUUCUUCAUGUAUCACAUUCACAUGGGCUGUGGAUAAUCGUAACAACAAGGUAUUGUUUUACGGAGUGAUUCCAGUCUAUGGGAAAUUCUUCCCAUUAAUUCAACUUGUCAUUUCUUUCAUAUUUGGCGAGGGAUUCAUGAACAGUCUCGUGGGCAUCUGUACAGGAUACUUAUUUGUCUGUCUGGAUACCAGAACAUUCGGCCCAUUAUGGGGUUACAUCUUCAAAAAGGAACCACUCUAUGGUAUUAUGCCAUGUGGUAAGCUCAGUAGUCCAUCAUGGUUCAAGUACACUUAUGAAACUCUAUUUCUUUCUAUAAAACCAGAAGAAACAGCUGCUCCAACGACAUCUUCCAAGAACGCGUUCCUAUCUAAGUUCACAGGACAAGGACAAAAGCUAGGUGGAAAAAAGACCCCCGUUACAAGAGCAGGCAGGCUUGUGAGGGAAGAUACCCCAAACGACAGUGGCUCUAGUACAGGUACUGACGCCACUACUGACUCAACAACCACUGGUAGCUUCCGUGGUAAGGGACAACGUGUGGGAACUAAAUAA